UACCUGCCUCUCGGAGGAUCUUCGCAAAACAAUGGAUGGAUACAUUGAUCAACUGAUCAACUUGGCAGAAAAGCUUUCAGAACUUAUGUGCGAGAAUCUGGGUUUGGAGAAGGGUUAUAUAAGGGAAGCAUUUACAGGAAGCAAAGGUCCUUCGGUGGGGACAAAAGUUGCAAAAUACCCUCAAUGCCAUAACCCUGAACUAGUCAGAGGACUGCGUGAGCACACAGAUGCUGGUGGGAUUAUUCUUUUGCUCCAAGAUGACAAAGUACCUGGUCUCGAAUUCUUCAAUGAUGGGCAAUGGGUAGAGAUUCCACCUUCCAAGAAUAACUCCAUCUUCAUUAACACAGGCGAACAAUUGGAAGUUUUGACCAAUGGAAUGUACAAAAGUGCUUUGCACCGUGUCAUGACAAACAAAAACGGAAGCAGACUCUCCAUUGCCACCUUCUACAAUCCAGCUGGUGAUGCUAUAAUCUCUCCAGCUCCCAAGCUAUUAUAUCCCAAUCACUUCCGUUUUCAAGAUUAUCUGAACCUUUACGCCCAAACCAAGUUUGGAGACAAGGGUACCAGAUUUGAGUCCAUGAAGAAAAUGACCAAUGGGCACUAGAGUCCUCUACUGUGAGAGACCAAAUAAUUAGCCCAUAUCAUAUGUAUUAGUAACUAUGUAUGUGUGCACCGUCAACCCUUGUUGCCCCUUUUUUCAGAGUGGUGGGUGUGUUGGCUAAGUUUCCUUUAAAGUUCAAGAGAAGCUAAUAUAUACUGCUUCCUUUAUCCUUCUAUGCCCAAUCAAAGAAUGGUUUCAUCAGAGUCGGUCACAAUCUGUAAUGAUAAAAAAAUAGCUAUACUAAUCAAUGGGCUGACCUAUAGCUAAAUGGCAUCAGUAGGGCUAUCUCAUUUACGAAAGCACCAUGCUAAAUAUGGUCCUUCUCAACAAAAACUUCCCUC